CAGAGUCAGCCUGCCAGAAUCAGGGAGACAUCCAUGGGAAUUGACAGAAUCUCCAAGCUCUUGCUUAGCUUUACUGCACUACUGGGCUUGGUUUACAACUGAGACUACAGCUUUAGAAUUACAGAGUCUUCAAAUUAAACCUCUCUCUGAAAGGGAACACACCUUUGACAACUCCUGUCAUCCCUCUGAGCACAUUGAUAUCCUGUAUAACGUUUCCUGAACUGGAUUAUGACGUCCCUUUUCGGACUAUGGCCCAAGAGGAUGGAGCAGUCACCGCAGACCGUCACUGAGGACUAAAGAGACGUCUCAUAAUACCGUCACCUGUCUUCAGACCCCACUCCAGCUUAAGCCAACCCCAACAAGCUCCGCAAAGUCUCCUCCACAACCUGUCUCAAGGUCCCACUAGAAGCCCCUGCUGCAAGAACAGGGACCAACACAAGGGUCACAAGUGAGGGAGCAGGGGGUCGCCGGGCUGAGGGAUAGCGCGCAAUCUCUGUCUCACAUUUAAGUAUGUUGUUCAUUGAUCCCCACUGCAUUGUAUUAUAAUGCGCAAAUGGAUGCUGACAUGGAACCUUCAAAAUCUGUUCUCCGGACUCUACCUGCACGCAAUUUUCCUGUUCGGCAGCGUGUGUGUGGUCUACAGUGACUGCACUCCAGAGCAACUUGCCGCCAUCAUGAACUGCUCCAAACACGAGCGCCACACUAGGAACUACGACUACAUGGAGGGAGGGGACGUGCGCAUCCGACAACUGUACAGCCGCACGCAGUGGUUCCUGACAAUUGAUGACUUUGGCAAUAUCAACGGGACUCAAGAUGUCACCAACUGUUACAGUAUCCUGGAGAUCAGGACAGUGUCUGAGGGAGGCAUACUGGCUAUCAAAGGAGUGAAGAGUCAGUAUUAUAUCUCUAUGAACAAGGCUGGACAGCUGCAAGGCAAGAGGAUCUACAAUGAAAACUGCAACUUCAAGGAGGUUUUCCUAGAAAACUAUUUCAAUGCUUACUCCUCUGUAAAGUGGACUAAAAAUGGCAAAGAAAUGUUCAUAGCUCUGUCUCAGAAGGGACGGCCAAUGCGAGGGAAGAAGACCAGAAGGGAGCAUGUAGCAUCUCACUUCAUCCCUAUAAAGUGCAGGGAGGAGGAGAGGAGGGUGGACUCAUAAAAGCUAAAAAGGACUAUUUGUGUAUGAUUUCCGUCAAAUAUUAUAUAUGUUAACAGACACAUGUAAACUCAUUACCAACAUCACGCUCCACUCUCCUCCAGUUGUAGAUUAGUUAUAUAAGGUUCCAUAAUAUGUUGUAAUUUACACAAGCAACAGAUAUCAGAAGGGCACAUUGAAGUAUUCCAAAAAUCCUCAAACAAGAUGUUGAGACAAGGAAAUAUUUGACAUAACUUCAGCUGGUAAACAAACUGUAAAAUCACUACUCAAUGUUAUUGUUAUUUUGAGUUAAAUAUUAUAUUUCCUUAUAAAACAGUUAAGUGUUUUCUUAUAAAACAGUAAAAUGUAUUAUGCACAGUCGGGACUGUAUCCUUUUCCAAAGAUGAUCUACACCCAGCCAGAUGAGGAGACCUGUUUGAUCAACACAAAGGUCCAGAACGGAGAUUUGGCUUGACCAAGAUGUGCUGAAGCAAGCUGGACUUGUCUUUUUUUACUGGUACAAGUGCUCAGAGCACACAAAACAGAGGCACAAUAAACUACAAUGGCAUGUUCAGUAAAAUUAAGUGUGUGUAGGACAAUCUGUUUGUGGAUGAUCUGUUUUUGAUCUGUCUGUUCUUCCUGCAUUGAAGACCAGACUCUGGUCGAAUGCAUUGUAGCUGCUCACUGAUUCCCUCUUCAUUAUCAAGGUGUGAUUUUGAAAUGCUAAAAUAUUCUGCUGCUGCUGAAAAGAUAUCCAGAUUAAAAUACAAA